CGGCCCCGGGCGGGCCCCCGCCGGGCGGCACCUCGGCGGGGGACAUGGAGCGCUACUACCGCCUGCUCCGCGCCGCCGCGCUGCUGGAGGCCGCCGCCGAAACUGCAAUACCCAUCUGUGCAAAGGACAUCAGUGAUGAUCUGAUGAAGGAGUUUGCUUUUCUGUCUGGUGGAAGGGGGAAGGACAAGGCUUGGAUUAUCACCCUCCCCGACAACGCUGGCUUCAACCAGGUGCCCGAGGAGAGCGUGUCCAAGGUGCUGACCUACCUGACUGCAGUCCCGAGUCAGCAUGAGUCUGACACUAAAUUUAUCCUAAUCCUGGAUAGAAGACUGGACACAUGGACAUCAGUCAAAACAACUCUCCAAAAAAUAGCAGCGUCCUUCCCGGGGAACCUGCACUUGGUGAUGGUUCUGCGUCCCACGGGCUUUUUCCAGCGCACCUUCACCGACAUCGGCUUCCGCUUCAGCCACGAGGAUUUCCUGCUCAAGUUACCGGUGGUGAUGCUGAGCUCUGUCAGUGACCUGCUGACCUACAUCGAUGAGCAGCAGCUGACCCCGGAGCUCGGGGGCACGCUGGAGUACUGCCACAGCGAGUGGGUCAUCUUCAGGACGGCCAUCGAGAGCUUUGCCCUGACGGUGAAGGAGAUCGCGCAGAUGCUGCAGAGCUUCGGCACGGAGCUGGCGGAGGCGGAGCUGCCCGAGGACAUGCUCUCCAUCGAGCGCAUCCUGGCACUGCGCACCGAGCGCUACUGCCAGCUCAAGGAAGAUAUUACAGCGGUCACAAAGGAGGGAAACCUGCUUUUGAGCAGUUUUGAAGAGCCAGACUCAGGGGAAUGCAGUCAGGAGCAGCAGCAAGAGAGGCCUGGGGACUGGGAGACGGUGAAUCGGUUGCUUGGUCAGCUGCGUGAGAUGGAGACUGCUUUUGAUGGCUUCUGGGAAAAGCACCAGUUAAAAAUGGAACAAUAUUUACAACUGUGGAAGUUUGAGCAAAGUUUUCAAGAGGUCAAGAAUGCCAUUGAGUUUUUAAUGGGUCAGCAAGCGGAGCUGCCCGACACCGGCGACAGCAUCCCCCAGGUGAAGCAGAGGCUCAAGGACCUGGAUCAUUUCCAUGGCAUGGCUCAGGAGCUGAUUGGGAAGGCCCAGCUGGUGAUACUGCACGGGCACCAGCUGGCAGCCAACCACCACUACGCCCUCAACCUGAUCUGCCAGCAGUGCAACGAGCUGCGGCACCACUCCGACCUCCUGGCUGAGGACAUCAAGAGGAAGCAGAUGCGCCUGCAGAAGACCUUGGAGCUCCAUACCCGCCUGCAGCAGGCCCUGCAGUGCUGUGAUGAAGGUGCCUACCUGCUCGCCAACCAGCAGAUGGACAAGUGCCAGUCUAAAGAAGGUGCUCAGAAAGCUCUCCAGGACAUAGAAAGAUUCCUUGAAAGCUCUUCAUGCUACCUAAACUGUGAUCCCCAAGCCCUGCACUACGACUUUGAGUCAGUUUUAACCUCCGAGUUGAAGGGCCAGAUCCAGUCGGUGCAGGUGAAGCUGGAGAACGUGCGCAGCAUGUUUGAGAACAGGCAGUGCUGCUUCAGGAGGCUGCUGGACAAGCACGUGCGGCCCGUGCAGCUGGUGGCUCCUCGGCCAGAAAACCCCCCCCGGGCCAAGUCCCCCCUCUUCUCUCCUAAGCACGGUGUAGAUUUUAAUUCCAGUUUGAAAUUUUCAUUUGAUCUCUCUCUCCCUGGGAAGAAAACUUCAAGAAAAACUCCAAGUUCUCGCAAGAUCGAGGUCAUGCACGACUACCAGGAGAAGAGGAGCUCCCUGCAGUGCUUCAUUUCAGACAGCGAUGACAGCUUGGAUAUUCUGAAGGGCCAUGUCAUAAAUGAGCUUAUAGAAACAGAGAGGGUGUAUGUGGAGGAGCUCUUCACUGUUCUGACGGGCUACAGGGCUGAGAUGGAUAAUCCUGCCAUGCUCAUCCUCCUGCCCCCCGUGCUGAGGAACAGGAAGGACGUUCUCUUCGGGAACAUGCCCGAGAUCUACGACUUCCACAACAAAAUUUUCCUGCACAGCCUGGAAAACUGCCUGGGAGCACCUGAGAGAGUGGGAUGUUGUUUCCUAGACAGGCGGGAGGAUUUCCAGAUGUAUGAGAAGUACUGCCAGAACAAGCCCCGCUCCGAGUCCCUGUGGAGGCAGUGCUCCGAGAGCUCCUUCUUCCAGGAAUGCCAAAGAAAAUUGGAACACAAACUGGGGCUGGAUUCCUAUCUGCUCAAACCAGUGCAGCGCCUGACAAAGUACCAGCUGCUCCUGAAGGAGCUGCUAAAGUACAGCACGAGCUGUGAUGGGGUUCAGGAACUUCAAGAAGCUCUGGUUGCAAUGCUGGAUUUGCUGAAGUCAGUCAACGACUCCAUGCAUCAGAUUUCAAUCACAGGAUAUGACGUGAGUACUCUGAGCAAAGAGCCCUUGCACAGGCUGGGUGAUGCACUGGCCACGGGUGAGCAGGGUUUCCCUCCUCGCCCUGCUGAGGUGGCUGUGAGUGACACAGCCGGUCCCAGCUGUGCUGUUCCUCCCCCAGUGCCGUACCCCUGCGGGAGGAUCACGGCUCCCGAGGCCAAGAGGAAGCUCACCCGGUCCAUGAACACCUUUGAGCACUGGAACAUCACGGGAGAUGACCCUGAGGAUGGCCCUGGGGAGGACAACGCCACGGAAAGCAGCACCCCUGCCCCCAGCAGGAUCACGCCCGUGCUCAGGACGGGCACACGCGUUGUCGGCGGGUCGGACAGCAUGAAGGGAGAGGUGCCCUGGCAGGUUCUGCUGGUGAACAGCGAAGGCUUCGGCUUCUGCGGCGCAUCCAUCAUCAACGAGAAGUGGCUGGUGACAGCAGCUCACUGCCUGAAGCCGGGCUACACCCACAACAUCACUGCUGUGGCAGGUGAACAUGACACCAGGAGCGACGACCACACGGAGCAGCUGCGCAGGGUGGUGAGGCUGCUGCCCCACCCCACGUACAACGCCUCCAUCAACGAGUACCACAACGACAUCGCCCUGCUGGAGCUGGAGCAGCCCCUGACCUUCAACCCCUACGUCACCCCCAUCUGCCUGGGCAGCCGCGAGUUCACCAACGCGCUGCUGAAGCAAGGCGUGGGCACGGUCAGCGGCUGGGGCAAGGUGCUGUUCCGCGGCCGCCAGGCCACCACCCUGCAGGUGCUCAGGGUGCCCUUCGUGGACCGGCCCACCUGCCUGAAGAGCACCUCCACCAGCAUCCUGCAGAACAUGUUCUGCGCGGGCUUCCCGUCCGGGGGCAGGGACACCUGCGAGGGGGACAGCGGCGGGCCCUACGCCUCCGAGAUCGAGGGCACCUGGUUCCUGACGGGGAUCACCAGCUGGGGCGAGGAGUGCGCCCUGCCAGGCAAGUACGGCAUCUACACCAGGGUCUCCAAGUACCUCAAGUGGAUCAAGCAAACCACGAGGCUCCCCUGAGCCCAGGCAGCGCCGUGCCACGCUGCUGUGCCAGGCUGGAGGACGGACUGGGGACACGGAGGGGACCACGGCAAUCCCUGUGCCUUUGAGAGAUCAUUGCAUUUCAAUAAACAUUCCUAAAUGAAAUAGCUUUUGCUCUUGGAAGGCAGAAGUAAAGAGAAUGCAAUGCAAAUGUGGUAAUAAGGAAAUAAAAAGCCCUUUUAAUGAC